CGAGACGCAGCCUGGAUUACAGCAGCACGGGGACAGCCAUCUGUUCUGCGUAACUUCCUUGAAUUCCAAUCUCAGUCUCAAGAUGGUGACCAAGAGGAUCCGCUCGGAGUACAUGAAGAAAUUCAAAGAUCCCAAAUGGGAGACCUACUCUAAAUGUUACGAGGAGAUGCUGAAGUACCGACUGACCCGCAGGCUGCUGGAGCACACACACAACCCCUGGUUCUGGAGUGGUCCCGACAGUGACUCAGACUCUGCGGCAACAAGUCCCCCACCUCCCCCCCGCAAGAACCAGGUAAGGCCUGAGACCUGCAGAGGCAGGGUGGAGGUGGAGGUGGAGGAGUGUGAGGGGGCGAGGCUGGAUCGACAGCGGGAGCAGCCGAGCAGAGCCAACGUCACUGUACCCAGGCUUUCCCUUCCCACGGAGGAGCAUGUGUCUGCAGUCCACGGGUCACAGCCUAAAGGUGCCGGAGAGACAGAAGCACCAGAGGAGGAGAGAGAGGCGCAGACUCACAGUCAAGACAGAGGAACAGUCAGCGGAGGAAUUGGACCACAGCAGACUAAACCCUCCAAAUCCUCAAAGCACGCAAGGCGCUUCCGGCGGGUCAGGCCGGCACCGACGCGGCAGCCCACGGACGACACUAAGGACGGCAGACAUCCUUUUGCUCUCUACGGUUCAGGGGAGAAGGACGCAGACAUGGCCAGCAGGAAGACGCACAACGUUGGCCCUGCCGCCUCUACCACUGAGAUCCACGAGUCGGCUCUCCGUGCUAAGAUCAGGCGGGAGGUUGAGCGUCAGAUGCAGACGCAGCCGGCUGAACGGCAGAGAGCCAAGUCUGCCGAUACAGACGAGGCCGGCAAGGUGGUUCCACCAGAAUUCAACCCCUGGGUCACUGAGUACAUGCGCUGCUUCUCUGCUCGCUCACGAUAGAACACACACACACACACACACACAUACAUUUACGCACUCUAAAGGCUAACAUCAGGUUGGUUAUGGAUAUAGUUUUCAUAGUAAAAGGCAUUAUUGCCUACCACUCUUAAACUUUAAACAACAGUACCUGUAGAACAGGGCACGGGGUGGGUUGAUUCAGACAAAGACGACAAAAUUCAGCAUUCAGGACGUAAACGGACAAAACUCAGAAAUUCACUGUGCGGCUUAUUCCCUCAGAUGUGUCAUGUUUUUACAUUAAUCCAUUGUAAUGUGUACAUACAACAAGAAGCCUUUUUUCAAGAUUCCAUGUUACAGGAGGGCUUGAAAGAGAGUGUUUACUUAAAAAAAUGAAGACAGAAAGUGCGGAAUAGAAAAGAUUCAUUAUUCAAGUUCCAACUAAGCAUAACAAUCAGUUGUUGAGGCCAAAUAUGUUUGUUGUUACUGUUACUCUAAAUAUGCUUUAGAACCAAAAGUGGAACCAUAACAACAGUGGACGCUAAGCUGACUAAAUAUACACUUGUUCAUAUGGCUGAUUUUCUGUUUACUUUUUAAAUCAGUGCACACUGUAAAGUAGGAGCACCGCAACACUUUGGUAAUUAGUCACUUUUCUGGUAUUAAUGUGGAUGUCAAACUUCAUGUGAUUUAAUUAUUUGAAUCUAUGUGUUUGUUUGUGUGUAAAAACCCUCAAAAAGUAAUUUGUACCUGCAUAAGAAAACACAAAUUGACAAUCUUUUGUGUAAUGGAUCUGUUCUUCCUCAUGCAAACCUUUAGAUUAGAUCCUUCUACUUCUUCGAUGAAAAAUGCUGAGUUCUAUAAAAACUGGAGAAUACAGUUCCGCCCUCGUGUUACAUAAUAUGGAUUGAAUUUUUGAUGUGAAUAUUGUGCAGAAGAAAAGGGGGGAUGUUUAAUAUCUUCUCUGAAAUGUUUUGUUAAGUAUUGUCAUAACUGUUCUUUAAUUAUUUAGCUCAUCAGUUUAAAGUCCUAUAGUUAAACUGGAAUAUAGAUUAGAUAAAACAUGUGCAAUAUGAUAGUUUGAAUAUUUUAAUUCAAGCCAGUUUGUUUUUUGUAUGUUGUGAACUCUGAACCAACUUUACUUUUUAAUAAAUGAGAUACUUUUAAACUAAGAUCAUCCCAAUAUUAAAUUAGCUUUGAUUGUCACAUGCUUUUCUUGAUUUUAUAUAUAGCAGAAAUCCAUCAAGUCCAAAUGUUACUUUAAAACAGGACGUUGUCAUUACAUGUGAUCCUCCUACUCAACAAAUGAACCAGACAUAAAGAAUAUUUUAUGAUCAGUGAGAAAAACAUCAAUGGACUA